CUUUAGUCCUGAUAUAAAGAAGAUUUUUAAGAAUAUUCUUGUCCAACUUGAUGAGAAUAAGUAUGGCCACAUAGAUGAAUCAUGGGAAAUAAAGUUACUCAUUGACAAAAUUAUAGAAUUCCUCAAGAAUAGAAGUAAAUAUCAAAUCUUCCACCCUUCCGAGUCUGAGGAUUUAUUCAUGCAUCUUGCAGCCCCCUGCUUAUUCCAUCACAAGUUUUUCAAUACUUUACGUCAGGUGCUUGUGCGUGAUUGAUGAUUUAUGGAAAGAAUUGCCAUGUGAUACAAUCAAACUUGCUUUGCAGGAUGGUAAUCAUGGAAGCAAGAUAAUCAUAACCACUCGCAAUAAAGCUGUCGCGGAACAUGUUGGUGGUGGUAUUUAUGAAAUAAAGCCUCUUUCCAAUGAUAACUCCAGAGAGCUGUUCUACAAACGAAUAUUUGAAUCUGCAGAUGAUUGUCCUCCUGAUUUGAGCAAAGUCACUGGAAAAAUCUUAAAGAAAUGUGGUGGUGUACCAUUAGCCAUUAUUACUACAGCAAGCUUACUAGCUACUAAACCAAGAUGUUCAGUGGAAUGGGAGAAGGUGAAUAAUUCAAUUGGUUCGGGAUCUGAAAAUAGCCCCCAUGUGGAUAAGAUGAACACAAUAUUAAGCCUCAGUUACAAUGAUCUGCCUUUCCAUUUGAAGACUUGUUUGUUGUAUCUGAACAAAUAUCCCGAGGACCAGGUGAUUAGAAAGGAUGUUUUGGUAUGGAGCUGGAUUGCAGAGGGUUUCAUUACACGUGCAGGGUCAAGCUUGCAGGAGACAGGGGAUGGUUACUUCAAUUAGCUUAUUAAUAGAAGCUUAAUACAUCCCGUCAACAGUAAGGAUCCAUUUUACGCACUUGGAGGGACGGAGGUGUAUUAUUGCCAAUUACAUGACAUGGUGCUUGAGCUUAUUAUCAAGUUGUCAGCUGAAGAAGGCUUUGUUACCGCUUCGUUGUCAGAUGGUGAACAAGCAGUGCAUCUUCAUUGCAUCAGAGGGAGAUCAUCCGACGGCUAUCCCUCCACAACAGUAGCAACACCAAUGCCUCAAUAAAUGAAAGAAAAGAACUGUUCAAAGUGAGGUCACUUGAUGUCUUUGGCCGUGCUGAUUUAAUGAUGCCAUCCCUAUCAAGAUUUCAUGUUCUACGUGUAUUGCAGCUAGCGAACUGUUCUGGACUGGAUAACAAUCAUUUUAAGGAUAUAUGCAAGUUGUACCUCCUUAAGUUUCUACGGCUACAGGGUUUGAAAGUCACUAAGCUCCCCGAGAGUAUUGGCAAGCUGGAGUCUCUGGAAACAUUGGAAAUCAGAAGCGUCGAUGAUGAGUCAGUGAUAAUGUUACCACUGUCUUUUGGUAAACUCGGAAAACUGGUCUGGUUUCAUGCUGAAAGAGUGGAGCUACCAGAAGGUGUGAGUCUGGAGAAUAUGAAAUCUCUACGAGAGCUUGUAGGCAUACGCCCUACCUUGCACGCUGUGACAGAGAUUGGUAAACUGGGAGAGCUAAAGGCUCUUGAAAUUGCCAUCAAGGAAGAACCAGAGAGCAGAACUGGCAAUUGGAAGGAAUUGCUUCACACGUGCCUUCAAAUGUGCUCCAGUACGUUACAAGUUUUGGUGCUGAGAAUUCCACUACAUAGUUUGUAUUCCCUGAAUUUUAUGGCACAUGUUCCUUCUGGUCUGUGGACCUACAUGUGUAGUGGCUACUUUGAUGAACUCCCAAGGUGGAUGGAUCCGUCGCUCUCCUGUCUCACGGUCUUGUCCAUCAGGCUGCUCAAUGUGCAUGUACAGCCUGAGCAUCUUGACAAGCUUGCUGAGCUGCCAUCUCUUCGCUUUCUCAGGAUACAAGUACUAGGUUUACCACUGCAGCAGGAAAAGCUCGUUAUUCACAGCAGUCCAUCUGCAUUCCCGUGUCUAACAGAUCUUCAGAUUUUGUGCCAGUUGAUGUUCCUUAAGUUUCAACCUGGGGCUAUGCCAAAGCUUGGAAGACUCUACCUUUGCUUUGACGCUAGAAGGACCAAUGAGCAUUUUCGGACUAAUAACUUCAAUUAUGGAUACGAGAACCUCCCUUCUCUCCGACAUGUCGUUAUUGUGUUAAACAUCAUUGCAUUAAAUUGGGCGGAGCACACCGAAGCCCAAAAUGCUAUUAGGAAGACAAUUAACGAUCAUCCCAACCAUCCUUCGCUCAAUUUUUCCUACUAGUAAGAAUUAAAGGAUGGAAGCAGCUCAUGAGAUUUGUUGCUCGUAAUGUUCUUGUUAUGGGGUUAGAGACUAAGUAUGUUACAUUUUCCAUGAAAUCUAUUGUCACAUUCAUGUCAAACUCAAAUACUUUUAUGACUAUUCAUGACGUGUUUCCAAUAAUUACAUCAUGUACGUUUUUUUUGUAAUUGAUGAUGGAUUAUGGGUGUGACAUAUUUUGAACAUUUCAUCCAUAUACUGUAUCUUAAGUUAUCAAGUUUGGAGGAUGGAGUCUGAGUCAA